UUCUGUUCACAUGUUCUGUAAAGGUGUUAAAACCCCCUAAUCUAACAAUGCCUGUGGCUCUUCACACCGCUCUGUUACUGAGGGCAUUCACCUUAGUGGUGCCAGUGAGAAGCGUGGACGGCGGGAUAAAACUAACCCCCCCGCAGCAGCGCCAGGACACCCCGCCCGGGAAGACGCUCAGAGGCGCUGCGCAGCCUUACAGGGUCAACCGUUGGUCGCUGGUGCCACGACGACCCUGGAUCCUUGCGCCCUGAGUCCCAGGCUGAAUCGAGUCCCGGCCGCAGGAGGCGGGGCUAAGGCGGCAGGAGUCAGGCGCCUGCGCCCGGCCAUGGAGGGGGAGCUCGGAGCUUGGAGUGAAAAUGUAUUGGAUUAUUUUCUGAACACUAACCAGAUUAAAACCAGAGAUGGAGCAGAAAUUAUCUGGUAUCAUGCAGCAAACAAUAAAUUACAAAUGAAAGAGGCAAUACAAAGUGCUGCUCAUAUGGUAGAAGCAGAUGUUCUUCUUUGUGGUGAGGAAGAAGGAAAUGGUGAACCAAUCAUGGCUCAUCCUCCUGAAACUAACAGUGAUAACACAUUGCAGGCAUGGCUAAAUGAGAUUGUGAACACUAAAAAAGGCAUCAAACUGGAUUUUAAGAGUCUAGCAGCGGUGAAGCCCUCUAUGAUGCUUCUUGAAGGCAUAAAGUUGCAUCUGAGGCGACCUGUCUGGAUUAAUGCAGACAUUCUCCCUGGACCUAAUGGAACUAACGCUGUUGUGGAUGCAAAAAGAUUUCUAGACACUGUAACUUCAUUUUGCCCGGAUGUGACCUUAUCGUUGGGCUGGACAACUGGGUGGCAGCCUCAACAAUGCAAUAAAGGAUACAGUUGGGCAAUGGUGAAAGAGAUGGCUCAAAUUUGUGAUGCACUUACUCAGCCUGUAACGUUUCCUGUAAGAGCAGCUUUGGUACGACAGUCAAAAUCUGAGUUGCUUUGGUUAUUACAGAAGUCAAACAGGUACAGCCUGACUGUUUGGACAGGAAGGCAUGACAAGUACUCCAUAGAAGACCUGCUCUACCUCAGAGAGAACUUUGAUAAAAUUUGUUGGAGCUUUACUCUGAAUCCUGAGAAUCAAAAAAGAACUUCUUAAUAACAACUUUCAAAAUGCAAGUUUCAAUAUAAUCAACUUAAAUAAACAGAAUGGAACUUCUAUUGCAGGAAUGUUCUUGUUCAGUUGAAUUCAUUCUACUUCAACAUGCUGUAUAGAUGUAAAUUACCUGGUUUUAGGAAGUUGCAAAAUCCAGUAUCAUCAUAUGCAACAAGAGCUUUCAGUUAGAUGGUUUAAAACAUUUGUAUUAAUCCAGGCUCAUGCUGUGUUACCUCCUUAAAGUCAAUGAUAGGAUGUAAUGUUAUUACGAAACAAUGAAUAUAAUUAUAUAUGGUAGUGUUUUUUGAAAAAGGAGCCGUCCUCCAGUGUUCUUCAUGGGUGGUGGGGGUGGGAGGGAAGCAAGAAACCAAGUGGUCACCUUGGAAUGACAUUCACUUCUGCACAAAGGGCCAGGACAAGGUUUGUUCAACACUUUCAUCCCACAGAAGCCCUAUUUUGAGGACUUAAGUGGUAGAUAGGCCUUGUGCUGGCCAUCCACGCAGGGGUAAAUUUCCUCUCCUCUGUGUGAUCACUGGCAAAAACUGGGGGGAGGGGAAAUAUUCCAGAGCACUGUAGUUGUCUAUUGUUAUAAGUAUGUUAUCAUAUGAUGCAGUAUUUUUCUAACUUAAUUUUCAUUGUUAUGAAAGGUGUAUUUUUGCUAGAUAAUGCAUCCACACGCACCUGGUCCAUUCUUAAAUUAAAUAGCAACCAGUAAAAAGUUAUGCUUAGGUUUCUAAAAACAGAUUUAAUAGUAAUAUAUUUUAGGUAACAAAUGUUAGAAUUUUAACUUUUUUUGGCUUAAAAAGUUAUUUUCUAUUUCUUUGUCACCAAUAAUGUGAGAAUCUAAAUAAAUAUAGAUGCUUCAACAUUUAUCUCAUAUCUACAAUAUAAAUCAUAGAGCCUGAACUGCUUGCCUUACUCAUGUGUGUAAAAAUAUGUAGCACUUAUCUGUAGAUAUCAAAGCACUCUACUGAAGCAUCAAACAGAGACACAGAGAGGCAAAGCACCCUGGUGAAAGUCACAUCACAGGUCAGUUACAGGAGCAGAACCCAGGGCUUCCGACUCUCUGUCCAGUCACCUAUCCACUGGGACAUGUUGCCUCGUUACAGGUCAUUUUAACUACUUACAUGAGUAAAACAAGCAGGAUUUGAUUUCUAGAAAACUAUAUUUUUCCACUUGAGGGGAAAAAAAAAAAAGGGAAAUAAGAGACCUGCUCUUAAGAAGUGAUGAGCACCUGGAACUUCAGAAGUCAAGCACAAUGUAAUUAAAAGAAAAUGCUCCUGUCAUAAUCAGAUAAGUAGGAGUUAAUAGAACAAGAGUGCUUCAUGUCUCUUUUGCCUGGAAAGGGUUAACCAGAACAGUGAGCCUGGCCGUCACCUGACCCGAGGACCAAUCAGAGGACAGGAUACUUUCAAAUCUUGAGGGAGGGAAGUUUUUGUGUGUGCUGUUAGUGUUUGGUUGUUGUUCACUCUGGGGGCUCAGAGGGACCAGACGUGCAACCAGGUUUCUCUCCAAUCUCCCUGAUACAGGUUCUUAUAGAUUCAAAAUAGUAAGUACUAGGUAGAUAAAGCGAGUUAGGCUUAUGUUUGUUUUCUUUAUUUGCAAAUGUGUAUUUGGCUGGAAGGAGUUCAAAUGUGUAUUUGGCUGAAAGGAUUUUAAUUUGUACUUGUAUACUUAGGCUGGGAGGGUAUUCCCAGUGUCUAUAGCUGAAAGACCCUGUACCUAUUCCAUCUUAAAUUUAUAAAGAUAAUUUUUAUCUUUGUUCUUUCUUCAAUUAAAAGUUUUUCUUGUUUAAGAACCUGAUUGUUUUUUUUUAUUCUGGUGUGAGACCCCAGGGGACGGGGUCUGGAUCCACCAGGGAAUUGGUGGGAAGAAAGGAGGGAAGGGGGAGAGAGAGGUUAUUUUCUCUCUGUGUUAGGAUUACUUUCUCUCUCAGGGAGAAUCUGGGAGGGGGAGAGAGAAGGAGGGGGGAAGGUAAAUUUUCCUCUCUGUUUAAAGAUUCAAAGAGUUUGAAUCACAGUGAUCUUCCAGGGUAACCCAGGGAGGGGAAGCCUGGGAGAGGCAACGGUGAGGGAAAGGGUUUACUUUCCUUGUGUUAAGAUCCAGAGGGACUGGGUCUUGGGGGUCCCCAGGCAAGGUUUUGGGGGGACCAGAGUGUACCAGGCACUGGAAUUCCUGGUUGGUGGCAGCACUACAAGUACUAAGCUGGUAAUUGAGCUUAGAGGAAUUCAUGCUGGUACCCCAUCUUUUGGACGCUAAGGUUCAGAGUGGGGGAUUAUACCAUGACAGCUCCAG